AUGCUGCACACUGUUUUAUCGCAAUAUGGAUUGUCCCAUGCAAACAAAGGCAACUUAAAUAUUAAUAUAGGAUUGCCUUUGAAAAUUCUAAAUGCUCCAAAAAACUGCCAGUACUUAAUCCUUGAAAUGGGAAUGAAUAAAGCUGAUGAAAUAAAAGAUUUACCAAAGAUUAGUAAUCCAAAUAUUGCAGUUAUUACCAACAUUAAACCUGCACAUACUGAAAAAUUUUCAUCACUAUUUGACGUUGCACAAGCGAAGUUGGAAAUUCUAUACGGUAUAAAAAGUAAUGGUACUUUAUUCUUGAACAGAGAUAAUAAAUAUUAUGAUUAUCUCUCAUCACGCGCCAAUAGAAAUACAAUAAGCCUCAGUAAAGAUAAAAAUGCUGAAGUUUGUUUGUUAGACCUAAUAAGAAAUGAUGACGGACUAAAUUUAAAAAUCAGGCUGAGUGAUAAUCAAACUACAAACUGUAAUUUACCUGUGCAAGGUGAGCAUUUUGCUUAUUCGCUACUUUUUGUUGCAGCAGUUGUGCAGAGCCUAGGACUUGAUUUAUCAAAAUUACCACUUGCACUUAAGAAUUUUAGUGUAACGAAAGAUAGAGGCAAUAUUCAUAAGGUCAAAUACAAUAAAAAAUAUAUACAUUUAAUUGAUGACUCCUAUCACGCCAGCCGUUCUUCUAUGAAAACUGCAAUAAAAACUUUGAGUACAUAUUCUAAUCAGAGAAAAGUAGCUUUGCUUGGUGAUAUGUUGGAACUUGGUGAUAAAAGCAUAUAA